AGUACUAGGCCUAAUAAUAUAACUCCAUUGCAUCCUCUCUAUUUAGUAGUAUAUCAAUCUAAGAUAUACAUUGUAUUGUAUUCAGUGCUCACUUAGUGGAAAAAAAUUAUGAUGAAGAGGAUACUUUUUACUUAUGCGAAAGGCUUUUUUAUCACUUUGCUCAUGAACCACCAGCCUCAAACAUGGAAAACUUGUUUCUCAUUUGCCUUUUUUUACCUCGCAAAACACAUUUUAUGACUGCAUUUAUCACAAAGCAAACGUUUCAAGAUGAUGAAUUUACAGAUAACACUGUUACUGACCCAAAUUAAAACGAUAACUGUAAGCAAAAUAUAUUCUGUUAUUCAACAAUUUGAGCAUUUGAGUCACUUGUGUUAAUUUAUAUUUUCAUCAAACAGAAACACGAUUUAGUUUAGGGGUAUGCCAUAUUCAUGAAUAGCGCCACCCCCUCUCUGGCGAUCGAGACUUGAUGACAAGUAUAAAAGCCGAGAGCAACAGUGGCGGACUCGGCUUCGGAGAAGCCUACACACCUCGCGGAUCCUGUAUUGUUGGAAUAAAACCAACGCGAUUUUUCAUCGAAUUUUGCCACUUUCGGCAGAAAAAUGGCGAAUUCCCAAGCAGUGUUCAAAUUAUACAAAUCCGUGAUAGAUGAUGUCAUUACCAACGUCCGAGAGGCCUUUCUGGAUGAAGGAGUAGACGAACAAGUUCUUCAGGAACUUAAACAGAUCUGGGAGAGUAAAUUGAUGAUGACAAGAGCCGUCGAUCUGACCCCCCAGCCCCUCCCCCAGUCCGUGACCGGUAACAGACACCACGGAAAAUCCCAUGGUGGAGCCACAACAUCCGGGAAUGAGCUACAGCUGCAGACCCAGCAGAGAACAGCAGCAGAAGUGGGCCGCAGUAUCCCUCAGCAGCAAGGUACCCAAGCAUUCCAAAUAUCCGGCGCUACCACACAACUUAGUUCACCAGCUGCUGCAGCUACGUUAGCCUUUCAGCAAGGCAUGAUGCAGUUACCCCACCAGUUGACUUCCAUUCCCGCUGGCUUGACCUUAGCACAACCACAAGGAGGGACUCAGACCUUCCCAGCCUACGCAAUAAGCCAGCCCCACGGCACCUUACAGGCUGGAGCUUACCAGGCUGUCUUGCCCACUGGCCAGACUGUCAUGAUCCACCCAUCUCCCCAGACAACUCAGACACAACAGCAACAGCAGCAGCAGCAGCAGUCCCAGCAGGCAGGAGGCUCCAUCAACUUGACCACAGUGCAGGCGCGUGUUCUGCAGGUGGAUGGAGCCAAUGACACCUCAGACGAGGAGGAUGAUGAGGAGGAAGAAGAUGACCAUGGGGAUGAAGAUGAUGAAAAUGAGGAUAACGAAGAUGCUAAUGAUGUAGAAGAGGAAUCCCUGAACAGCGAUGAUGACGUCAGUGAUGAGGAUCCAGAGGAGCUGUUUGAGACAGAUAAUGUCGUAGUCUGCCAGUACGAUAAGAUCAGCAGAAGUCGAAACAGAUGGAAGUUUCAUCUCAAGAAUGGGAUUAUGAAUCUGAAAGGCCGAGAUUACGUAUUCUUCAAGGCCACUGGAGAUGCAAACUGGUAGUCGGUAUAUUCUUGUCGUCAACAAACAAGCCCCCUACCGUACUGACUCUAAUAACUCCACCCCCAGUUUGGAAUCCAUUGUGCAAUUUAGGGCUUAUUUGUUUGUUGUCAAACCUCCAUUCCAUGGUAAUAUUGUUUUGUUUAAAGAGGGUUCUGGGUGUAUUUCUUCAAACAAACGUAUUUACAAACUUGGACAACUCCUUGCCUUGAAUCUUAUACUUUUGGUUUGUGUUUGUAUUUUCUUGUAAGUUUUGGUUACUUUACUCAAAGUAUAAACCAAUAUUGAAUGAUAUGUUAAGUAAUAUUGAAGUGAAAACAGCCAUUUGGCAAAAAAAAAAAUUUCGUGUCAUUUUGGGAUGAUUUGAGGACAGGAAUAUUGUGUUGCUGAAUCGCUUUUUUUUUUUACUGUAACAAAUUAUGAGAUAGAGAAUGAGGAUCAACACUAAGUUAAAAAGAACAUUGGAAGUGCAAGUUUGCCUUCAAGCUUCACAUCUUUCGUAAUGAGCUGUGUGAUUUACAAAGGUGCUUCAUCUUGUAUAUACCGUCCCGCAUCAAUCAUGAAAACGGGGAAAAAUAUUUUUAAAAAUCAUCUCAAUAUUAGAGUUCAAUGUCUGCCACUGAUUAAAUGGUUACAAGGAGAAUUGUGCUCACCUUAGGUUUAUUAAACAUAUAGCGGCAUGCAGAGUUCUGUUAGGUCUCUAAAAUGCUGUUGCUUGAAGAGAGAAUGCCCAGUGCUGUGCGUUUUUCUUACAGUCCCUAUGAACUGGACGAAGUUCACGACGGCAGAAAAUUGUGCCCUUCAAAGCAGCGCUGUUAAGUUGGUAACUUCAAUGAAGAAAUUGGUAGAAGUCAUGAUGCUGUAGUAGAAAUGUUUAUGUGUGCAAGUGUCCAUGUAGCUUGACCAUGAAAUCUGCUUUUAGGAAAGCAUGCACUCUGUUAGAUUUGUAAUCAAAACAAAUUAUCGACAGCAUUGAAGUUACUUAUCUAAGAGGUGUAUAUGUGAAUUUGUUCUGUACAUAAAAGAGAAAAGGAAUUUUGUUUGACUUAUUUUAAUUCAGGGCCCUCAACAAAUUUGAUUAGAUUGUUUUGGGAAAUAGAAAUAUUUCAUUUUUGGGAUUAAUGAUCCCAACCUUAAGUAUUCCUUUGAUGGUAUCUUUUGAGUAUCAUAGGGCUGGUAACCGUCAGUUCACCAUUGAGAUUUUUUCCAAGCAAAGACUUUCCAAAGUAAACAAACCAUGUCAUGAAUUUUAACGGGACCGUAAAUGCCGACUUGGUCUUGGAGUUGAGGAAUAUUGCAGAAGCAAUAUUGUGUGUACAGGAUUCAGGAAAGGCCCAGUUAACUGGACAUUCUUAAAACAGUGUGCUCUGUUGAUGAGAAGAAUGUGUUACAUGUUCUUCAAAAAAAGUGAGUUCUUGAUUUUUGUUUUUGAAAUUAUGUUUGUUUUGUUUGUUGUUCCUUUCUUUCUUUCUUUCUCUCUUUUAUUCUGGGGGGGGGGAAAUAGCUGAAGUAUUUCCAGGCUAAUAUUUGCUUCUAUUUGUCUAUAUCCCAUAUUGGUUUAUAAAUUGAUUAAUCAGAGUAAAGUUAUAAUUUAUAUAUCCAUUUUUUCCUAGGUAGGAUGGAAAUCAUUUUGCUCCAAAAAGGUUCAGAAUUCUAAAGGCAAUUCUGCCAUUUUGUGUGUACUUUUUAGCCUUGGUGCUCUUACCACGUACCAUUGCAGGCUGCUUAGUUUUGGUGCUUGAAAGUGACUUUAUUAAGCCCAAAGGAGUACCUUUGUCAUGUUUUGAACUUGAUAAAAAAAAUGUGAACUAAAUUAUAAUUAUUUAAAAUAAUCAGCUUUGAGCAUAAGAAGAGCUAGUUUUGCAACAAAGUGUAUAAUUUAAAAAUAUGAUCAAUGUAUUAUGAUUCUCAUAAAUUUGGGAAUCAGACGACAAAUUUCCUGCGUUUUCCUUUUGUUGUACAUGUGUAUGAGAUUGAACUUCCUACGUUGCAAUUGUCCGGGAAAUCAAUUUCAUUCUGCAACUUUUACAUGCACAUCAGUAUAGUAAAGAUUUGUUGUCACUAAUACAUCAAGAUGUUACACCUUUUUCAUUUCUUGUAAACAAAACAGGUGCCUAUAAGGCAUGUAAAGUAUGUGCUAAAUGUGUAUGGCUUGAAAAACUAUGUAAAUAAAGAAGAACAUAAAGAGUAACUUAA